AUGGAUGAAACGUGCCUGAACCCGGACAAACAGCGAUUUUCAACCACCAGACAUGGGACAAGGGAAAAGAAGUGCCGAAAUCCACCCAACUACGUGUACACGACGAAUCGAAGGUUCGCGAAGAAUGUGAUUUUCGUCUGGAUGGUCCUGGAUGUUUCAUUCUCUUCUGGUAUUGCCUUACCAAAAUCGCGACACGGUGAACGAUCCUCGAAUCCGUUCUACAACAUGGGCAUCACAAGUAAUGCCGUUCAAGGCGAGACCAUUUUGGAUGAGCUGCGAUACCUGAACAAAGUUCGUCCGUCGGAUCUGACAAGAAGGCAGCGCAACACCCAAGACGAAUUCCUGAAUAACGAUUUCGACUUCGAGGACAUUCAACUCGACUUUGACGCAGAAAAAAUCAGGGUCAUGGCCCUCAUUGCAGAAAAACUAUGGGAAGAGGACAGGAGAAAGGUGGAGAACUACAACUACAAGGGUAAUAAUGUGGACGACAGGACGAGGAACUGCAUUGCAGACGCUGUCGACCACCACGACUACCUCUGCGAACAGACAACAAGUGUGGAAUUUGUGGACACCGCGCCGCUGCUCUUCGACAAAGUGGAGGCUGCUGUCGUCCAGGGUGAAUUGUGGCAGCCAGUGCAAAAGGUCAUUUGUCAAGUCGGCUUGACGCGCGACGGCAAGGGCUUUUGUGUGCAGCGACACAGUUUCCAGCGAAUUCGAGUUCAUGCCCACGAAGAGUUACAAAUGAAGGAAGUUACCAUCACUGUUGAGUCUGGCUGCUCCGUCAUACCCCUGAACAUUUGUGAAAAAAAAUUGCAAGGAAUGCCAGACAAAGUGCGGUUCAGCUCAGAUGACAAAAUAAGAGCCAAUUUUGACUCACGCAUGUCAGAUGAGAUUUUACAAGGUGACAUUGCAGAAACGGAGAAAACAAACAUAUCUGACACAACUCUGGCUGAAUUUGUCACUGAGACAGCAUUGAAUACCACCAACAUAAUUUUGGCCUUUGAUCUCAAAAAUGAAAGUGAGCAGAACAAUGUCAAUUACACAAUGGGGCAAAAUGAAGGAGCAGCUAAGGCCAUUACCAACUUGGCUGAGACUCCAGAAACAACACAAAAGGACAAAAUCCAAGAAAAAACUGAAGUGACUUCAUGGGAUGAGCCUGAACCACAAAUAACCACCCAUGAUAGAAGUACCAUCAAAGCACAAGUGAAAAAGGAAGAAAGUUCAAUGGAUCUAAGCACUGCAUAUGAGAAGGAAUCUCAAGAUGUGUUCACAGUCACUGAGUUAUCCAAUGAACCUGCAUCCACCAAGAGCAAAGGGGCUCGAAUUAAAAUAAUGAUGGAUAUGGUGCAGGAUUUUUCUGAACUGAUUGAAGCAGAAGGGAUAACUUUUCCAGGGGUUGAUGACCAAAUACACAGUAUAAACUCCAUGGAGCAGAGUUUGCAAUCAACUGUCAAUUCAAAAGCCUCAGAUUUUGACUCAAUAGCCAAACUGGAAAGUUUGUUCAAGGAAAGCAACAAUCAACAAGGAGCAGAAGAGCAGAUCCUGAUCACAAGCCACACUCAGCCAUUACCUAAAUCACCAGAAAACCUGAGGAGGCUUUGGCAGGAUGAGGAACUUACAAGCAAGACUUCAACUAUGGAACCCACAAUUGAUACUGCAGAAGACAUCAAAUCCUCAGAAGAACUGCAAACACUUCUGGUGAAUGGUUACCAAAACCAAGAGCAAGAAACCUCAACAUCUGUUGAGAAUGAAAGAAAGCCUGAAAGCUUUGGGUCAACAGAAGUUUUCAGGACAAUCAGUACCAACCAUACUCUGCAACUACCUGAAUUAUUACAAGAGCUGAGGAUGCUCUGGAAUGAAGAGAAACACACCACUGAAAUAUCAGCACAAGAAACUGCCAGUAAAAUGCUAGAAGACAUUCCAUCAAUCAAAGAACUGCAAAUGCUUUUGGAGGAAAAUUAUUCAUUGCCAGAGCAAGAAACCUCAACAUCUGUUGAGAAUGAAAGAAAGCCUGAAAGCUUUGGGUCAACAGAAGUUUUCAGGACAAUCAGUACCAACCAUACUCUGCAACUACCUGAAUUAUUACAAGAGCUGAGGAUGCUCUGGAAUGAAGAGAAACACACCACUGAAAUAUCAGCACAAGAAACUGCCAGUAAAGUGCUAGAAGACAUUCCAUCAAUCAAAGAACUGCAAAUGCUUUUGGAGGAAAAUUAUUCAUUGCCAGAGCAAGAAACCUCAACAUCUGUUGAGAAUGAAAGAAAACCUGAAAGUUUCGGGUCAACAGAAGUUUCCAGGACAAUCGGUACCAACCAUACUCUGCAACUACCUGUAUUAUUACAAGAGCUGAGGAUGCUCUGGAAUGAAGAGAAACACACCACUGAAAUAUCAGCACAAGAAACUGCCAGUAAAAUGCUAGAAGACAUUCCAUCAAUCAAAGAACUGCGAAUGCUUUUGGAGGAAAAUUAUUCAUUGCCAGAAAGAACUCAGCCCAUUAUCUUCAUAGUGCAACACACCUCAAUGCAUUCGGAAGAGUCCACAGAAGUGUUGAGGACAUCUACACAUAUUCCUUCAGAAUUACAAGCAUCAAAGGAAAAUGUGAGGGCAGAUUUGGGGGAGGAGGGACAUACGAGGCUAGAAUCAACAACAACCAACAUUGAGCAAGAAACCUCAACGUCUGUCAAAAAUGAAAGAAAGCCUGAAAGCUUUGGGUCAACAGAAGUUACCAGGACUAUCAGUACCAACCAUACUCUGCAACUACCUGAAUUAUUACAAGAGCUGAGGAUGCUCUGGAAUGAAGAGAAACACAUCACUGAAAUAUCAGCACAAGAAACUGCCAGUAAAAUGCUAGAAGACAUUCCAUCAAUCAAAGAACUGCAAAUGCUUUUGGAGGAGAAUCAUUCAUUGCCA